AUGAAAGAGAUUAAUAUUUUGAUUAUUGCAUUAGAGAAUCUGAUCGGGAAGGGCGGGUACGCGGAGGUUUACAAAGGUUGUCUGAGCAACGGACAAUCGGUGGCGGUGAAGCGGCUCAACAAGGGAGUGGGGGAGGACGAGGUUGUCAAUUUCUUGACGGAGAUCGGAAUAAUAGCGCAUGUUAACCAUCCCAACACCGCAAAAAUGAUCGGUUUUGGGGUCGAAGGAGGCUCUUUUCUCAUUCUUCAAUUAUCAUCAUUAGGGAGCUUGGGUUCACUCCUUCAAGGUAUGUUUUCUUAUUAUCUGCUAAUUAUUUAUGCAGGUUCAAAGGAAAAACUAGAUUGGAGUAAGAGAUAUAAGAUAAUCGUUGGUACAGCACAAGGCCUACUUUAUUUGCACGAACAUUGCGAAAGACGAAUUAUUCAUCGAGAUAUUAAAGCUGAUAAUAUCCUUUUAUCCGAAGAUUUCGAGCCUCAGGUACCUGCAUUUUAUUUUUCAAUCUUUCGAAAAUAAUGUUCAAAUGUUAU